ACGCAGAGAGGCCAUAACGGCAGUGGUGCAGGCGUUUCCUGUUUUGAUGAUUUGGUGAUGAAAGUUCAUUUUAGGCCACUAAGUCACUAAAGAUAUGGCCAGAGAAUACGAUCAUUUGUUUAAAUUAUUAAUUAUAGGCGAUAGUGGCGUAGGAAAGAGCAGCCUACUUCUACGGUUUUCAGACGACGUUUUCACAGGCAACUUCAUCACAACGAUAGGCGUCGAUUUUAAGAUACGCACAGUUGAUAUCGAUGGCGAGAAGGUGAAACUUCAAAUCUGGGACACUGCUGGCCAGGAACGUUUCCGCACGAUUACUUCUACGUACUACAGAGGAACUCACGGUGUGGUGGUUGUGUACGAUGUUUGCAGUGGAGAUUCUUUUGCGAAUGUGAAACGGUGGCUGCAUGAGAUAGACCAGAACUGUGACAACGUAUGCCGGGUGCUAGUUGGUAACAAAUGCGAUGACCCACACAAUAAAGUCGUCUUGACUGAAGAUGCGAAUAGGUUUGCUGAUCAGAUGGGGAUCCAACUGUUUGAAUCUAGUGCGAAGGAAAAUAUUAAUGUAGAAGAUAUGUUCAAUGCCAUCACGAGAUUGGUACUGAGUGUGAAGAAGGAGCAACUUGCUCACGCUGCACAAAACCCAUCCAAGGAUGCUCUACGGCUAGGAGCAGGAGGAAAGAGCAAGAAGUCGAAACAGAAAUGCUGCUAGCGUCUGUCACUCGAUGUUGUGACAGCAGACGUGUCGUCAAUCGAAAUAUCACAGCAGCCCUGCAUGCAGGAGAACAACCAGAGGAGAACACGGGGAGCGAGUGUGAGUGUGUGAGGAGCGAGAUUGGAUUCGUGUCGGGAUCGAGGCCAGGUUGUUCAGGGUGAAUGCAUUUGUCGAUGGGGCCAAAUCUAAGCUAUCUGAUCCACGAAGAGUUAUGACUGUUACUUGAUGCACUGCUCAUAGUUCGUUUACAAACCAGUGCAGUUGCCAUGUCUAUACGUAUUAUUAAAAACUCUUCACUUCUAUUUAUCUGGACAAUAUUGUCCUAUUAUCCAUUGCUUUGACUUGAGUUUGGUCGCCUUACACGUAAUCUUAUUUUCCCUGUAAGCAUUCAUCACAUUUUACUCUCCAUUCUAAGACUCUACUGAAGUAACUGGCUGAAUAGAAGGUGUUUGCCGUUCUUAUUUGGCACAUGUUGCUUUUUAGGAAAUUGCCACUGGAACAAAAUUUACGAAAGAGACAUUUAUUUCCACUAGAUGGCGCUGCAUGUGCAUGUUGAUGUUACUGUGGCCAGCUUCAGCGGAUGCUGUCACUGUCUUUCAUUCCCUCGGCUGUUUCACGUAGUUGAUGUAUGGCUAUGACUUAUAUUUAUGAUGAAGUGAGAAUCUGAUUACUUCUUCCAGGAUUUCACUGUACAGCUGAUGGAAAAAACAUAACUAUUUUGUCUCUUAGCAGUUAACAGUGUAAUUGCACAGCAUUACACAGAUUUUAAUUAUAAUUUUAUUUGAUAGUUUCCUGAGGCGGUAGUUUCUCCCAGGGUUGAUCGCUCUUCAGGCGUGACCUGUCAAAAUAUGUUUACUGUGACAAAUCAUUAUAUAGUUGAGGUUAGAUGGAGGUUUGGAAUCGGUUAUGAUGUGGUGAGUGGUGUAAGCUAGAAGCUAUUGAAAGAAUCCAACGUAGAAGGGGAACGUAAUGUCUAUAGAGAACUGUCUUGGCUAGCCAAUAUUUCUGGCGGAACUAAGAUGUCUUUGCUUAGAAAUCACACGAUAAUGUGUUUAAAUACUAACUUAGGUGAACAAGAAUAUUCAGCGCAGUGUACCAGAAGAGACAUAGACAAGGGAUAUUGGAACAGCCCAUGAUCAUUGAUCACAAGUGUAUUUGCUGCAAGUGUAGUUGUCAUCUGCUUUCUCAUUCAAUGGAGUUGAUUUCCACCUCUACAUUUAUUGUAUUCACUUAUGCUAAAAAUGAGUCAUGGCUCUGAAUUUUACUGCUUUAAACUUUUCUCUGCCAUACACCUGAAGCUAUGUGUGUAGUAGCCCUGCGUCCCUGCCGAAUAUUUCCCCCACUCUAAUCAAUGAGAUAUGUUUGGGAUGGGAGCAUGCAUAGACUGGUAGCGUGGUGAUAUCCCAUAGAAUAUCUGCUUGACUAGUAUUGCCCACGAAAUAGCAUUAAUUAAGUAAUCCAUACUGGUAGUGGGCAUGCAUGUGUGGUGUGCAUGGGUGCACGUGGGUGUGCGUGUGUGUGCGUGCGUGCGUGCGUGCGUGCGUGUGUGUGUGUGUGUAUGUGCAUGCUUGUGUGGGCGUGUGUGGGAGUGUAGCUGUAUGGACAUUAUGUUAUGAUAUCUGUUUCAUGUAUGACCUUUUCAGCCUAAACUAUGAAGAGUAAUUGGGUGAAGUGUAGGGUUAGACAUUAGUGCUGUCGGCGGCAAGCCACAUGACCCCCCCAAAGAUACGUGUGUUUGGGCUUCUACAGUCCUUACUGUUUCAGUCAUAAUAGAGGAAUACCGUGUUCUGCGUGGUUGCACUGGUGGCUAUAUAUCAUGAGGCAUAUUUCCUGUUAGACCAGAUGCUAUAAAUACUGUUUUCUGUCUGGUUUUACUGAAUGCUCCGAAUGCUGCAGUAUUGUAAAUAUAUCUAAAGUUAUUAGAAUAAACAAAUUGUUAUAAAUAUUAUUAUAACUUAACUAGAUUACAAAUUAGUGCCAUUGGUAUGGUUUAGUUGCUUUUUCAAAAUUACCUGGGUAACACGUUUUCUACUACAUAAUCUGUAUCUGUUUGAUCCCAGAUAAAUGUAUGCUUUUAGUAUAUUUAUGUCUGUGAUUUAAUGUCGCCUGAUGUUGUGGUUAUAAAAAUGUGUAUUUGUCUCUGGCAAAACCUCGUACAGUGAGAAACGACUAGGUUUUGUGAUGUGCUGACAUUUUUCAAGGCGUUAUUUAGUUUACGUGCUCUGUGUAGUGAUUCGUUGGAUUUUAUUGUUUGUGAGACUGUGAAAUGCGUGAUAUGUUGCCACAAUUGUUACGUUGUUACAGUAAUAUAUGAAGUAGCAGGAGCAAAUAAUCACAAAUUGUGAUAUUAUUUACUUCUGGAAGUAGGAGAUGAAGUAAAAUUGCAAGUACGGUAUGCUGUAUACUUUCAUAGCAUUGGUGGCUAUAUUUAAUUUUGAUGGAACUGUUGACACGUUAUAUAUGUUGCUUGAUUUAUGUUUUUUUCUAAAACAGGCAACUAUCGACAAUAUCGCUGUAGAUACCAGAUAUUACUUGUGUAAGCUCACACGUGUUAUUCUCAGUAAUUAAUUUCUACAUACCUUUACCACGUUCAUUCUCUUUGCCUAUACUAUAUAUACAUACCUUUACUGCCCUUCAUCGACCUCCUACCAUCUCCAUCACGCUAUCACCGUUCACACAUUCCCUCCCGCAUUCUUCCCUCUCCCUUCCUUCCUACCAUGCUGCUUGUUAUAGUGCUGCUGUAGAAUUGCGUAUUACGGAUCAGGCUCUGUGUUGUUAUUGAUGGUAAAUACUAAAUAGUUCUUAUUGAGUCCAGCAGAAAGUCCUCGAUGUGUGUGGAUUAGGAAAUUUAGUAUGUGAGAGUUUAGAAGACUUGGUCUUGAUUACAUGUCAGCAUUGCGUUACAAUAUGCUAGUUUAUUAGCCUAUAGGCAGUACUUUUUCGUGUGAAACUUGCUUCAAAUGGAUUUUAUAAUAUAAUUUUACGUGGUGUAAGUAGUUGAAUGAUGUAUCUAAGAAAACUCAUCAACAUUGA